UUUUGUUCACUCUAAUUUUAUUUGGGUGAUAUUGACUUAGGCUUGACCUUCAAUUAGAAUACACUAUUGUUAUUCUCUAGUAAUUACAAUGCAUAUAUAAAAACUCUUUUUAACUAAAGACUAAUGCUUAUCUAGGUUUUGUUCAUUUCUUAUUGUUGGAAUUUUUUAAAAAAACUAGAUAUUCUUUGCUGAUCAUAUAUAACAUGUCUGCAAAAAAACGGAAAUUGAGCACUCCAAAAUUAUCAAAGAAAAAGACACUUGAUCAAAAAUUUCAAACUGGCGUCUCUUCAUCUGAUUCAACUCCAAAUGCCAAUACUCAACCUUCUCUGUCAAGUUCCAAUGUCAAUGCAUUGUCCAGUACAAGACCCUCAUCAACUAUACUAGCCAUUUCACGUUCAAUUGCUGCAUGUCAAAGAUGUCGGUUAAAAAAAACAAAAUGCGAUCAAAAAUUUCCAAAUUGUUCAAAAUGUGAAAAGGCUCAAGUUGAAUGUGUUGGUUUAGAUCCUGCCACCGGUAGACUGGUUCCAAGAUCUUAUAUAACCCAUUUAGAAGAUAGAAUUAAUCUAUUAAAUUCUAUCAUACUAAAACUUGGUUUAAAUCCCAAUGAUUUUAAAUCACAAGAUGAUUUAUUAAAUAUAAAUCCUUCAAUAAAUAUUCAUAAUAAUCAAAAUACGGAAACUCAAAUUUUAUUCUCAAAUUUAAUUAAUCAUGCCAAUAUUCCCUUAGAAUCAACAUCUCAAUCUCAAUCUCAACCCAAACCCAAACCCAAAUCCAAACCCAAAUCACUUGAAGAAAAUUCUCAAAACUCAAGAGUGAACUCAUCAUCAUCAUCAUCAUCAUCAUCUUCUUCUUCUUCUUCUUCUUCUUCUUCUUCUCCUUCUCCUUCUUUAUCAUCGUCACCUCCUACUAAACCUAAUAAAAUUUAUUUUUCAAAAUUAAUGGAAGCAGCUGUUAAAAUCAAUGAUUUGUCAACCGCUAAAAUUAAUACUAAAUAUAAUAAUCUCUACCCUCCUCAAUCAUCUUUAUUACCAAGCAAAAAAAUUGCAAAUUUUUUUCUAUCCUUAUAUUUUUCUCAAUCAAAUCCUCAAUUGCCUAUUCUUCAUAGAGAAUCCUUUUUAAAUCUUAUGUAUAAACCCAUUUAUGGAAAAUUUAAUUCAACUGUUUCCCUAGCAAAUAAUUACACCAAAAUAACUAACACUCACGAUAUCAUCGAUUUUACUGAUAAUAACGAAAAUUUCGAUUUUAAUAUCAAAAAUAAUAAUGAAUCAAACUAUUUCAAUUAUAUCAUAAACCAAAUUUCCGUUGAUAAAAAUGAGAUUUAUCAUUUUCUUGAUCAGCUUCUAACUGACCCACAAUCUAUCAAACUUGAUACAACCCCCAAACUUGAUAAUAUCCCUUAUUAUAUUAUUUUUUACAAUUCUUUAAAAAACAAAAUUUAUCAAAAAUAUAUGAAAAUUCCCCUAGAAAAAAGAUCGUUGAAUCAAUUUUAUAAAAACGAAAAUGAAAAAAAAGAUCACAUUUUAAAAUUAAAAAAACAACUUGAUCCUAUAAAGAUAUCCCUGUCAAUUGUCAUUCCAAAAAAAUACUACAUCAAUUUGUAUUUUCUAAACAUUAUAUUUGCUAUUGCAACCUCAAUUAUUAACCUAGACAAUGAUCAACAGACAAUCUUGUCUGAAGGUUUUAAGAUCUCCUCUGAAAAGUUUUUAGAUCAAGUUUAUCUAUCUUCUGAUAAUUUACAAUCUUUACAAGCUGUUUUAUUAUCUACUUUAUAUUCAUUGAUGAGACCAUCUACUCCUGGUGUAUGGUAUAACUUAGGCAAUGCUUUAAGGGUAUCUGUCGACCUUGCUUUGCAAUCUGAUAGUCAGAACAGCAAAGUCCAAUACGAUUCAUUUACUAAAGACUUGCGACGAAGACUUUUUUGGUGUACCUAUUCUUUGGAUAGACAGAUUUGCUUUUAUCUUGAUCGACCUGUUGGAAUUCCUGAAGAAAACAUAACUUCUUUGUUUCCAUCAGAACUAGAUGAUUCCUUGAUUUGUGAAAAUGAUUUAGAAACUAGAGAUUAUUCUAAAAACAUAAAUUUAUUUAGUUUUACAAGUGGAAUGCCCAGCUAUAAAGUAAUCUCUUUAGCUUUUUUUAGAAUUCGAAGAAUUCAAUCUGAAGUUUUGAAAUUUCUUUACAUUUCUCAUAAUGAACUUGGUUCUUAUGAUAAUUACUAUCAAGGUCUUUUUAUUAACACUAUUCUAGAUUAUUAUUAUCCAAAAAAGAUUUUAAAUAUUGGUGCAAAUCACAAUUUUAAUUUUACUUAUUCUAAUUCCGAUUUAUGUUUUGAUCCAAUUCGUUUUCAUAAUAAACCUAACCAAAAAACAAUCAUUCCCGAAAUACCUAUUUACCGUAUAAAAAAAUACUUAUCUUUAAAAUUAAACAGUUGGAAAGCUUCCAUUCCCAAAACAAUAAAGAAAAUGAAUUGCAAUUUUAACAGCGAAUUUUUUAGUCUAAAUUAUUAUCAUACAAAGCUAAAUAUAUUCUGUUUAUCUCCUAAAAACCUAAACUUGAUUCAACUUGACUAUCUAGUGAUAAUCGAUUCAUCAAAAGAAAUAAUCAACACUUAUUUCAAAUUGUAUUUAAAGAAAAUGAUGAAUUAUACAUGGGCAGCCGUCCAGAACCUAUUUUCUGCUGGAAUUGGUUACCUUUACUCAGUUUAUAGUUAUGAUUGUGAUUAUGAUUAUAAAGAUCUCUCAAAAGAUAUCUAUCAAAAAGAACAGGCUUUAUUUUCGAAUCAAAUGGAAUUUGUUGACUACAUCGAGUUUCUUAAAAACGACUUGGAAAAACUACUAGAUAGCAGAUUAGAAAAAAGCAGAAAAAAACUAAAAGCUAAAAAUAAGCACACAAAUUCCGGAACCGAUGAAAUCACCGCAGAAUUUAAUAUAUCUGCAAAACCAGAUAAUUUAUUUAAAAAUGAAUCUUUAAACUCUUUCUUGAAGUAUACUCAGGUUUGUUUAUUCAUUUUAGAUUUGUUAAAAAGCUCAUGUGAAGCCGCCAAUAAUUGUUUGAACAUUUUUAGAACAUUAAAAAAAGUAAUUUUAAAAUUGAAUUACAAUUUUGUUGUAAAUAACCCCGAGACUGUUUUUAAAGAUUUUGAUAAAAAUAUUUUGUAUAAAUUAGGUGAUAUCCAGAAAAUUCAGGUUUAUCCAAAUGACAACGACGUUAUAGAGACAAAUGCAGAUACAAUUAAAGAGACUGAGGCUAAUUUGUUAUCUGUCAAUGAUUUUCAGCAGUUUAAAACUUCAAGUAAUUAUAACCUAUUUAGUAACAAUAUUAAAAAGCUAAUAAACAUGUUACCUAAAGAUGAACAAGAAAUUAAUUCCAGUCGAAAACAAAUUUCAUUUCAUUCUUCAAAAAACUCCACGGAUGAAAAAUUUGAUAAAAAUUCAAAUAAACUGAUUCUGAAAAGUAAGAAUUUUGUCCAGCAUAACAAUUCAGCUAAAAAUAAUUUAGAAAUUAAUGAGAUUAAAGAGAAAAUGGAAACAAAAAAUCAUGAGUCGAAUGAUUCUAGCAUUUAUAUACUGAUUCAGAAUAAAGAAAAAGAAAACAAUUCAUUAUUUACUUCUUCACAGAACAAUAAUUUAAAAGUUAAUGAAAAUAUGAGCUUGAAAUCAGAAAAAAAACAAACUUUUGGUGCUCUCAAAAGCAAGAGUUUAUCUAAACAGGCAUUAUCAAAACAAAAAUUGCCCAAUGAAGAAUUAGAUAUAUUUUUUUCUGAACUUGACCAACUUGGACCAAUUUCACCAUAUUCAAGCACCUCCUGCAGUUCUAGGUUUCCUGAAAAUUCGGGGGAAACUGUUAGUAAAACAAUUCAACUAAAGGAUAAUUUAAAAAAUGAAGAAAAUUGUUUUACAAACCAAUCAAUAGACAAGAGUUAUAUUGAAAAUAGAAAAUCACAAGGUUUUAAUGAAUCAUCAAGCACCUCAAGCUCUAGAUUGUAUAAUUUUCAACCAAAAAUUCCAAUUUUAAAUCCAGUAAACAUAUAUGAAAAGCAAAUCAGUAUAAAAGACAAUUUAGAAAGUCAAUACACAAUUUCUGAUCUGAAUUAUGCUGAUAGAACAAUUUCUUAUCAAAAAAACCCUACUUUUUCUAACAAGAUAUUGAAAUCAUCUGAUGAAAAUUUAAUAAAGUCAAGGAUUAAUAUAGAAACUCAAAAAGUGGUUCAUGAUACUCAAAGUUCAAAGACUCAAAAUUUUAUUUUGUCUAAAAAAAGAGACUAUUGUAAUGUGCUGUAUGCUUCUGAAUCUGAUCAGCACUUUAAAUCGGUUAUGAAACAGGAAAAUACAACAUUAAGACAAGCUUCUUUACCACCUACAUUCUUGUUGCCUUUUUCAGAAUCAACCUCGUUUCCUGUAAAUCAAAAAUUGCAAAUACCAUGUAACAAUUCUCAGUUUUUUUGGAAAAAUAGUAAGGGAGUGGAAGACCGGCAAGACUUGAAAUUGACAAAAACCAAAAUUCCAAAUGAACUAAUAAAUAAAAAAGCUGAUUGUGAUAAAAAUUUAUUUGAAUUGAUGCAAGAGAAUGAUGAUGAUUUAACAAUACCUUUAGAUUUGGAACAGGAAGAAAACUCGACAAAUCAAAGGUUUCUAUUUGAGAAUGAUCAACCUUAUUCUUAUUUGCAUGAAGAUUAUAAUAAAUUGACUAAUAUUCAGAACAACAAAAAUUAUGGAAAUGUUAAUGGGAAUAUUGAUGGAAACAUGAAUAAUAAUUUCUUGAAUAAAGAAAAAUUAAGAAUAAGCCUGAACAAAUUAAAUUUAAGUCAUAAGUACCCUAAUACUAAAGAUGGACAAAGAAUAUUUGAAAUGAUUUAUCAGGUACCAACGGAAAAAAUAUGGGAGCAGUUUUUUGGCAAACAUGACAAUAUGAGAGAUAAUAUUAAUAAAAACAGUAGUAGUGAUUAUUUUUCCAAGACUGAUGAAGAUAAUGACAGUGUUAAUAGUAAAAAUGAUAGUGAACAAAGGUGUAAUGAAAAACAAGUAGAAACAUCAUCUGAUAAAAAUAGAAAUCAAGGUGAUAUGCAACGUGUUGGAAGUGAAGCUAGAAAGGAAAAAAGAAAUAUGGAAAACUAUAAAGAAACUAGUGAAAAUAACAAUAGAUUAUAGUAUAAAUUAGGAAAAAAUGACAAAAUGACAAAAUAUAACAAAAUAACAAGAUUAGCACAUGCAAAAAUUAAAAUUAUUGUAAAUUUAUUGUUUAGAUAAAAUAUUAAUGAUGGAUGAUGUUUAAAUAAGAGACAAAGCUGAAGCUAAAACUAAAACUGAAGCUAAAGAUAAAGAUAAAAAUAAAGAAAGAAAAAAAUAAAGUACAUAUAUAGAAACAAU